AUGCCAAAAAAGGAAUUUGCACUGCCCUAUAUUCGACAGACAAAGGGAUCGGUAGUGAAUAUUUCCAGUGGCGCUUUCACAGUUGGUCAGCCAGAAUCAGUCACCUAUGUAGCAACAAAGGGAGGAAUUGUUGGAAUGACUCGUGCACUUGCAACAGAUGAAGGAAAGCAUGGUGUCAGAGUUAAUUCAAUUUCACCCGGUUGUGUGUGGACACCAUUGUUUGAAGAGUGGGCGAAAACAGUCGAUAAAAAAGUGAUGGACGAUAUCAAAGAUAUAAGUAUUUUACGCCGGUUUGCGGACCCAAGAGAGAUAGGGAUGGCAUGCUUAUUUUUAGCUGCUGAAGCAACAUUUACAACUGGAGAAGAUAUGAGUUGUACUGCAGGAAUAGAAAGGGGUUACGGGCUCAAAAUGAAAUAAUUUCUAUUACAUGUAUUGUUAAAUGUUUGGCAUAUCAUACAUUUGGUUUAUUCAAGCUUUUGUCUGUAAAAUGAAUGAAUCUAAAAAGUUACAUAUUCAUUAGAUAGUUUUCGUGUCUGUCAUAUCAUGGAUAAAUGCUAGUGCACCAAUAGUAUUGUUUAUCAUUUAUUGAUAUGGAGUAAUUGAAUCUUUUUAAUCCCAUUUAAUCUAAAUUAAUGUGUAUUAUACCGUACAGUAAUAUGAAAUAUUGCUUUAAGAAAUCGGAUAAUUAUGUA